AUGUCCACCCGCAGCGUUGACUCCACAUAUCCUCUACCAGGUCUCCAGCGACCCAGUUCGUCCUGGACAUCAGCGUCACCAUACACCGAGAUCGUCAGUCCCUAUAACGCUUCUCAGCGUGCCUCAUAUCCUUCACAACCGCCCUGCUCUCCCACAAAAGAGAGCCCUGGUCUGCCCCCAAUUCGAGAUUUUGACCGGAUGAACAAUUAUGAAUCGCCUUUUCUACCAUCAACAAGUUCAUAUCCCCAAGCUUAUGGAGCUUCAUCCGGAUCACAGGGUGCUCAGGAGCCUUAUUUGCUGGCAAUGGACAGACCAUUUUACUACGACCCUGCACAUCGUUACGGACAAUGCUGUCCACAGACAAACAAGCCAAAUGCCCCACAGAUGGGCUACGCACGAUAUGCGCCUUCUCCGUACGAUUAUCGUGCUGGUGUAUCGUAUCAGCCGCCUUAUGGACCGGUUGAUUACGCCCCAUCUCCUACGUCGUUGCAUCACCCCUCUUCACCGUCCGGCGCAAUGGACACAGACACUCGGAAUAGGCGACGAAGAGGGAAUCUGCCGAGGCAGAUCACCGACAUUUUGCGUGCGUGGUUCCAUGAGCAUCUGGACCAUCCCUAUCCUACGGAGGAGGAUAAACAGGCAUUUAUGGCCAAAACAGGUCUGACAAUUGCCCAGAUCAGCAAUUGGUUUAUCAACGCGAGAAGGCGCCAACUACCUGCAUUGCGCCAAGCUCGGGACAGAGGAGGCUCAAACUCCACCAUGGAUUAUGAUUCGGAACAGUUGCGACGACAGCAGCAGCAGCCAGAUACUACCGCGAGAUGA